AAAGAUUUGGGGCAUAAAAUUAUCCUUAUUAUCGCUUUUAUCAUGAGAGAAAAUAAGAUAACUGACACAUCUGCAGCAGAUGCUAGAAGAGGAAAAGAUAUUCAGGGAAUUCCUUGGGAAAGACUGAGCAUUUCCCGUCAGGAGUAUAGGAGAAACAGGUUAGAGCAGUACAAGAAUUAUGAAAAUGUACCACAGUCAGGAGAAAGUUCAGAGAAGGAAUGCAAACCAACAAAGAAAGGAGGGGCUUAUUUUGAGUUUUGGCAUAAUACAAGAUCUGUAAAAUCAACAAUCCUUCAUUUCCAAUUGCGGAACUUGGUCUGGUCAACAUCCAAGCAUGAUGUCUACCUCAUGUCUCAUUUCUCUAUAGUUCAUUGGUCUUCGUUAAAUGGCAGGAAGAGAGAAGUUCUUAAUGUCUCUGGGCAUGUGGCCCCAUGUGAGAAACAUCCUGGGAGCCUUUUGGAAGGAUUUACUGAGACACAAGUUAGUACGCUAGCAGUACGGGAUAAAUUGUUGAUUGCUGGAGGGUUUCAGGGAGAACUUAUCUGUAAGUAUUUAGAUCGACCAGGAGUUAGCUUUUGUUUGAGGACAACUUAUGAUGAUAAUGCAAUUACAAAUGCCGUUGAAAUUUAUGAAUCUCCCAGUGGUGCAGUUCAUUUUAUGGCCUCAAAUAAUGAUUGUGGAGUUAGAGACUUCGAUAUGGAGAGAUUUCAGCUCUCAAAACAUUUCUCUUAUCCUUGGCCUGUGAACCAUACCUCUUUGAGUCCAGAUGGUAAGCUUCUUGUCAUUGUCGGUGACAACCCAGAUGGAAUGCUGGUGGAUCCUCAAACAGGGAAGACUGUCAUGCCUUUAUGUGGACACUUGGAUUUCUCAUUUGCAUCUGCAUGGCAUCCUGAUGGCAACAUCUUUGCCACUGGAAACCAAGACAAGACUUGUCGUGUUUGGGAUGUUCGGAAUUUAUCAAAGUCUGUUGCUGUUCUUAAAGGCAAUUUAGGUGCCAUUCGAUCAAUUCGUUUUACACCCGAUGGGCAGUUCAUGGCAAUGGCAGAGCCUGCUGACUUUGUGCAUGUCUAUGAUGCCAAGAAUGGGUUUGAGAAAGAGCAGGAGAUCGAUUUUUUUGGGGAGAUCUCUGGUGUGUCUUUCAGCCCUGAUUCAGAAUCUCUCUUCAUUGGAGUGUGGGAUCGCACCUAUGGCAGCCUCCUUCAGUAUAACCGAUGCAGGAAUUAUACAUAUCUUGACUCUCUGUUGUGAGUUAUAUUCUGUCCAUGAAGCUUCAGUAUACCUGCAAGUUGCCUCCACCUUUCAAGGUUUAUUAGAAUGGUGGAGUUGACAUGGUAUGCAUGAAUGAUACAUGAAUGAAGGUGGCAUACCUGUUAUCCCUAUGCUGUAGAAAGAGCACUGAGAAAAAGACAUUUAACUGAAACAUUAUGAUUAACUCUUCUCCUUGGUUGGUCCUUUGGUUUUUUUUUUUUGUUUGUUUGUUUUUGAAGCUUAGUGGCUUAUGUUGGGUGUUUCGACUCUUUCUCAAUGAGAAUAAACGUUACUCUUUCGC